AUGGAGAAAGGUCGAGGUAUCUUCUCUGGAGAUUCAGGAUCAAAACCUCAGGGCUGCAGUCGAGAACACAAAUUUGAAGAACAUUCAUAUCCUACGGGGAAGAUCCAGGUCAUUGGAGACAUUUUCCAGUUCACAGUCGACAUGAGCGAGUUUUCCCCGGAGGACGUGAUCAUCACCUCCUCCAACAACCUGCUGGAGGUCCACGCUGAGAAGCUGGGAGAAGAUGGCACAGUGGCAAACACCUUCUCCCACCGGUGCUCUCUCCCAUCAGACGUGGACCCCGGGUCUGUGGGCGUGUCCAUGGGGAGCGGGGGGGUCCUGACUGUUAGAGCCCACAGGAGAUAA